AUGUCAAACUGUAUCGAACCGAUUAUGCGUCGCUAUUUCGAAUAUGGGUACGCCUUGACGGGUAUUACAGCGGCAAGAAAAGCUGAGAAUAUGGUGAAGACUGAUACUGCAAUUAUCGAAAGAAGGCUCCGGCCCGUUUAUGAUGCAUUGGACAACAAUAAUCCAAAAAAGGCCAUUCAAGAGGUUGAUAAAAUUCUAAAGAAACAUCCGGAUACGGUUUGCGCUAAAGUUUUAAAAGCGUUGUCCCUUAUUCGAUCCGAAAGAUUAGCGGAAGCCAUGAGUAUUAUUGAUGCAAUCGAUGUUCCCGGAGUCAAACACGAUGAAAACACUCUUCUUGCAUUCGUUCAUUGUUUUAAAGAAGCAGUGCUACCAGAAAGAAUUAAUACUUUAUACGAAAGGGCUGUGGAGCUGGAACCUACUGAGGCUAAUCUCACACAACUUUUCAUGGCUUACGCAAGAACUAGACAAUACAAAAAACAGCAAGCGAUUGGUCUAAGACUGUACAAGGACUUCCAGAAUCCACCCUACUAUUUUUGGGCGGUUAUGGCAGUUCUUAUGCAAGCGUACGAAAAUCCGGAACUAGGAGGCAAAAUGUUGCUUCCAUUAGCUCAUAAAAUGUUUGUUGCGCAAAUCGAAAAAUCGGGAUAUACAGAAGGAACUGGAGCCGAAGUCGAGUUGAAUUUGUUGAUUUUGGAAGGAAUGAACCGCUGGAAAGAUGCAAUGGAUGCUCUCAGCCAUCCACAAGCGCAACGUCUCCCAAUGCCGCCAAUAUUCAUAACAGAGAAACGUGCGGAGUAUAUGGUCAAGGAGCAACAAUUUGAUGAUUUAAAGGAGAUUGCCGAACGGGAAAUUGAAUCAUUGCCAGACAAUUGGACCAUGUGGAGACAUCGUCAUUUGGUUUCUAUUGAGACUAUGAAGAAGAAGAUUGAAGAAAAUGAUAUGAAAGGACUCAAAUCAAUUUAUGAUGAAUCUGUUGAUUUUAUUGAAAAGAUAAUCGAAAAUGCCUCAAGCAAAAUGAGAGGACCAUUAAUGUCGCGACUCGAAUUCAUUAAACAGAUCAGUGCAGUUCCAGAGUUAAAGGAUAAAGUUGAUUUGAAGAAACUUGGCGAUCCGGUUGAUUUAAUUUUCUCAUUUAUUGAGAUCUUCUUCACAAAACCAUCAUGUUAUAAUGAUAUGCGAAUGUAUUUCUGUUUGCUCGGUGACGACGAUGUCAACAAGUUGACCGUAAAGUUGAAUGAAUGGAUCGAGUCGGUUAGCAAACUCGAAGAUGAUCAUAAAGAGACCAAGGUGUGGGCCAUAAUUACCUACGAACGAAUUAGACGUACAUUCGGUGAAUACAAGAAGGAACCAGAGACUCAAAAAAGGCAGCGAUUUCAGCAACUAAUCGCUCAAAUUGCACAUCCCGGAAGAAGUGAUUUGGCUAUGGGAUUCUUGUGCCAACUUGCUAUUUCGUCGCAUUGGGAUGAAUGGAGAGAGAAUAACGAUGAAGCGAAAUUAUAUGAGCUUAUCUUGCUUCUUGAGUACGUCGCUGCCAAAAACAAAGCGGAUCCGGUGUGCAAAUUGUCUCUGAUUCGCGCUUAUGCUCAUCUUGGAAACACUGCUCGAAUCACUGCGCUUGUGAAGCUUCUUGACAUCAAGUCGGUUCAGAAUGAUUCGCUCGGCUAUUUGACGUUUCCGAUUUUUGAACUUGCUGGAAGAUUCAAUUUGGCGAUUAUCGUCAAUACUCAGUUAGGUGUGAUUUACGACCAAGCAGAAAAAGAGAUAAUGGAAAGUGUCGUAAGCGCCUACAAAAACGGAAAGUUUUCGCAUAUUCCAAAACUCAUUCAGCUCGCCGAAAGAAUGCGAAAAUCUUCUCAGGCGGUCGCUUGCGAUGUUCUAAAUCGUUAUCUCUCGUCACUUUUCGUUAUCGAUGACGUUGAUGAGGCGAUCACAACUUGUUAUGGAGAUGAUGAACCGAUUGAUUUCACUGAUAUUCGAGACAAUCGCGACUUGAAUAUCAUUCCAUUCACGGAAGGCGAUUAUUAUCCGCCGCUUAUUGAGGAUAUGAACAAGCGCACAUUCAAGGAGUUUGUUGAUAUCACAAAACUUCGUCAUAUGGUGUGCCGAACGAUUGGUGCAAUCGGACGCGUUACUAGAGCCGGAGUUGACGCGAAAAAGGCGAGAGAUGAAAUGAGGAGUGAGAUUUCGGCAUUCUCAAGCUUCUUGCGUCAAUGCACUAAGGAAUAUGACAACUGCUUUUUGCCUUCGCGGCUAUUGCAAUCUCCUGCACCAAUGCAUAUAACCCAAUGGGUGCAUUCCGGUGGUUUGCAGAUUGUCGAGCGUCUCUUCUUUGCUGCUGAGAAAGUACUUGAGGCAGUCGAUAAUGGAAAGCCGGUAGAUGUCGACAUUUUCGGAACUGCUGAUCAGAUACGGGAGGAAUUGACCAGUAAGAAUGAUCAUUUCUUAAUAUUUGGAGCGUCACGCUAUUACUAA